ACAGAGGCGGAGCAAAUCUGCCUGCUUAUUCAGCUCUCUCACUGCUUAUUUAGAGUGAACUGUACGUGACGGAUUUAAACACGAAAGUAAACACGAAAGUAAUGAUUUUCUCUAGAAACAUGGUAUAGACAGGGCGUCCGCGAACCAAGCAGAUGUGGCUCCGGGCAUGACUCAUCCCAGGCUCAACACGGUUGAAGCGGCGUUGAUAUUUAUAUCCGUCGCACAGCUGAGCACAGCUCUGAAGUGUGUGUGCCAGCUAUGCGCCAACAACACCUGUGAGACGGGUGCAGACGGGGCCUGCUGGAACUCUGUGAUGCUGAUCAACGGGAAGGAGGAGGCUGUCAAGUCCUGUCUGUCCCCGGCUGAGAUGAGGGGACAGGUCUUCUGCUACAGCUCCCGGAACGUCUCCAAGAGAAACUGCUGCUUCACAGACUUCUGCAACAACGAGACCCUGCAUCUGCAUCCAGGCUAUGUUGAGAGGCCUUCGGAGGAGCCCGGCUGGGGCAGGCUGGAGUUGGCAGCGGUUAUCCUGGUUCCCUCUGCCCUGCUGUGUGUGAGCAUCCUGCUGGGGGUGUGUGUGGUGCAGGGCCAGCGCUGUGCCUACAACAGGGCCCACAAGAAUGACGUGGAGGAGCCCCUGGACGACCAGAGUCUCAUGUCCCCCGACAAGUGUAUUAAAGAUCUCAUCUAUGACAUGAGCACGUCCGGCUCAGGCUCCGGGCUGCCGCUGCUGGUACAGCGGACAAUAGCUCGGACCAUCGUGCUGCAGGAGACCAUUGGGAAGGGCCGCUUCGGGGAGGUGUGGCGAGGGAGGUGGCGAGGUGAAGACGUGGCGGUGAAGAUUUUCUCAUCUCGAGACGAGAGGUCCUGGUUCAGAGAGGCAGAGAUCUACCAGACCAUCAUGCUCCGACACGAGAGCAUCCUGGGAUUCAUCGCAGCCGAUAACAAAGAUAACGGCUCUUGGACCCAGCUGUGGCUGGUGUCAGAGUACCACGAGCACGGCUCUCUGUUCGACUACCUGAACAGGUACACAGUGUCUGUGGACGGCAUGAUCGUCCUGGCCUUGUCCAUCACCAGCGGCCUGGCACACCUCCACAUGGAGAUCAUUGGCACUCAGGGGAAACCUGCCAUUGCCCACAGAGACAUCAAGUCUAAAAACAUCCUGGUGAAGAAGAAUGGGACAGCCGUCAUAGCAGACCUGGGAUUGGCCGUGAAACACGACUCCAGCACCAACACCAUCGACAUACCGUCCAAUCACAGAGUAGGAACAAAGAGGUACAUGGCUCCAGAACUGCUGGAUGACACGAUCAAUAUGAGCAGCUUUGAGUCAUUCAAGCGGGCCGAUAUCUACUCCCUGGGCCUGGUGUUCUGGGAACUGGCACGGAGGUGUUCCGUCAGGGGACUUCAAGAAGAUUUUCAGUUGCCUUACUAUGAUAUGGUGUCUUCAGAUCCCUCGGUGGAGGACAUGAGAAAGAUUGUCUGUGACCAGAAACUGAGACCUAACAUUCCCAACCAGUGGCAGAGCUGCGAGGCACUGCGGGUGAUAGGCAAGCUGAUGCGCGAGUGCUGGUACGCCAAUGCUGCAGCUCGGCUCACCGCACUGAGGGUCAAGAAAACCGUCUCUCAGGUGACUGUACUCAAGGACAUCAAAGAUUAGCUAGGUAAGCUAGCCCACUGGCUGCCCGCCCCUGUCCAAUGUACUGUUAUUAGUUGGGAGCAAAGCAUCCUCUGGACUACACUGAAGCACUAAACACUCAACUGGGUGGUAUUCAUUAGAAACCAAACAAUAAAACAGACCGGAGCGGGGAGGGGUAUACCAUAAUUUGUCAAAUAAGAAACUCAAAUUUUCAUUUUUUAUUUAUUUUUUGCUGUGUUGUGCACUAAUGAAUACGACUCAGCAGUGUGCAUUCUCAGCUUGUGAUGCCAAAGGCGCCUACUGUUGCUACCCAGCAGGGAACACUCCUGCCCUGCAGUGUGUGACUGGAACUGCAUCACCCAAUCAAGAAGGAACAGGAAAUUAAACUGUGACCUUUUUAGAUGACAAUGGAUGAUUUAUAAUGUACUGAUUUGUCUCUGCUACCUCAGAUGUUUUUAAGUGCCCAAAGCUUGAAGUUGCACAUUGAAUGCUUCAUGCCAUAUAAUAGUGUAUGUACUGUAGUGGCAACAGUAGGCAACAUACAAAACGGAUUGUAAAUGUUACCGAGUAAUGCACUCACUGCUAUGCCUGAUUAGUAAAGGACACCCAAGGUCUACAUCCAUAAAGAUAACUGCUACUUGGGUGCUGCCCCCUCCCCACCCUAUUCUAUUUCGUAUCCAUAUAUAUUUUUGUAUAUGACUUGAAAAAUAAUGCCUAUAUCAACUAUACUCUGUAUUUAAGUAAAAAAGUCCAAGAUGUUGUAUAUCACAAUAUGUUAUUGUUAAAGGGGCAAUCUGCAGUUCUAAUAACAACAAUGACAAAGUGGACAUCCGCCGCUAUUUUGGUUAUCAGCUGAGGGAUGGGGCUGGAGAAAUGUAACUACUCUCAAAUUCAUAGACAGAGCUAUAGAUGCAAGGACUGACCAUCCAUGAUAUCAAUGUUAUAGUAUUAACCAUAUAAUUAGGAAUUAGAAUACUAAUAGUUGAAAUAAGAAUAGUGAUUUAAUAGGAUCUCUGGUUUUAACCAUGCUUUGAGGAUAUACAGUAUCUGUGUACAAUGGCACUGUUUACAAACAAUGGCGUAAAAUAUUAGCUCAUGAGGCAUUUACAAGUUAUAUUCUUUAAGAAUCAAUGGGUGUAUAUCAUUAAUGUAAUAAAAGUGAAAAAACGGAUGUCGCUAUUGCAGAUUGCCCCUUUAAGCACAUCCACACGCGCCUAACAAUCACAUCUUCUCUGUGAAGCACAACUUUUGUUAUAUUACAGAGGAGAGAAGUUUUAGAAAAAAACAUUUACAUAUAUUUCAUAUAUAGAUAUAAUUAUGGAAAGACUUUUAUUCCAUAGAAAUAUUGUUAUAUCCAAAGCCUUUAAUUGAAUGCUACAAUAUGUAGGGGCCCUAUGAAAUGCCAAUGUGAAAAUAUAUACAUACACUGUUUAAAAAAAUAAUAAAGUACAACAUUUACUACAUUGUUGGUAUAAUGUACUCAAAGCAGUACACUCUUUACCCAAGAUAAUAUGCAAACACAAAAAAAAGACCAAAUUGUUCACCAAAUAUUUUUGUUUGUCUACUAAAGAGGGAUUUUUCAGUGAGUCGAGACAGCCGUGAGUUUGAACAGUGGCCGUGUUCAGGCUGCUUAUGUGAACACUAAUGCCAUUGUCAGACUUGGCUUGUAAACCCUUGCCAUAACAGGUUUAGGAACGGGGACAUAAGCUAAAUCUGCUGUGCGUGUCUCCUGUACACAACACGGCAGGCCUGGUGCUCUGUUUGUGUAGGCCUGCAGCAAGUUCAAUCAGAGGUAUACGACGUGUAUAUCACACAGACAUUUUGCUAAUGUAUGUUUGGAAAUUUGCCAAUGUAUUGCCUGUGGUGUCAUUUUGCUUAAACAAUGCCUGCGAUUUGAGAUUGUUUAAGAAGGGUGCUGUUUAGAAAAACACACUUGGCUUUUAAUGACUUAUGUAGAUUUGUUCUUGUUUACUUUUAUAUUGUUUGCUUAUGCAAAUAAGGGCUCUAUUGAAUUUGGAUCGCUAAAGUUCAGAGUUACAGCGUGAUUGAAAUCUGAAGGCAAAGUUCCCGCGUUAGUGAAGACUGCAUUCACGGUAAAAGCUGCAUAUGUCGGCUCAAUCGGAAUUUACCUUUGGAUCUCAUAACCUGGAACGCUUCAGCGAUACAGAUUGAAUAGAGCCCUGAGCUGUUCAACAUCUUUGUAGUUCAUGCAAGUCAGCAUCUGUCUGGGGGGGGUGUCAAUGUACAGUACAAUGGGCAAUGUAGCAUCUGCAGUUGCUUCAUAGGUGUACAUAGUUACAGGCUUGCUGCUCUGCUGCCCAUAUAGCUGUAUCAUUAAGUCAAUGUUACAAUUAUGUUAUGUACGUAAAAACAAUGACCGUUUCACUUUAAUAUGUGUAAUUAUUUCCCCAAAAUGUUAACAAAAUAUAUAUUGACAUUGCAGUAUUUAGUGCUCUGUCUGUAUCCUGUGGACAAGCAAGCUAAUGUUAAUUGUCUAAUUGGAAAUUAAGCUGUGCUUUUGUUGUCAUGGUUUCCCUGAGGAACUGAACAGUCUGAUCAAUGUUUGACCACUGCUCAAGAUGAUGUGUGGAAUUGUUUUGCUUCUAUAGACUAUCUGUCAUUCCGAAGAAAAUAGACUAAUUCUGUAAUUUCUGGUCAAAUAUCUUUUGAAAAUUGUGUAUGACACAAUUUGGAAGUUUUGCCUGCUCCGGGAAUGUGAUAUUAGUUUUCUAACAAAGGUUUUACGUUGAGAAAUAUCACCCUCCAAUGAAUUAGCUUCAUUCUUUCUCUUGACAAGAGCAACUAUUUUGUGUCGUGAAUUCAGAUAUGGGUCUCUUAUGUCAAUAUGUCUUUCAGUCUUACACUAUUUAUUAUAAAUAUGUGACAACGGUGAGUCAAUAAACUACAUUUAAUUGAAAAUUA